UCCCCUAAAUUAAACCAUGCCUAGUCACUGAAUAUACUAAAUAGAGUGCUUUGUUUCCAUAAAUAGGGAUGAGAGCUCGUUUGUGAGACUCAUCCAAAAGAAGAGAGCUUUUGGAGGUUUUCAUCGGGCUAAUUUGGUUUAACAGGAAGCUCUGUCAUUGGCUAUUUUUGGAUAGUUUCCAAAACUGGUCGUGCGUCUCUUCUCCAAACAAAACAAAACAAACCAUCUCUAACAAAACUAGUUGCGAACCUCUUCCAAAAUAGGAAAACAAAUCUUCCCCAUCUUCUUCCUCGUACCCAAGCAGAGGGAUGAUGAUCUUCAUCAAGAUCAUUGUCCCUUGAACCCAAAAUAAUAUAUCAAAUAGAACUUGUUUCUUGUAUAUAAUUUGCAUACACUUGGUGAAAUUUUCUUAAAUCAAAUAGAAAAAAAAUGAAUGAUUUAUUCUCCAGUUCGUUUAAGAAGUACACGGACCUGAAGCAACAGGCCCAAAUGGACGAUAUCGAAGCAGGUAAAGAGACGAUGAACCUCGAUAAGUUCUUCGAGGAUGUCGAAAAUGUCAAAGAUGACAUGAAAGGCAUAGAGACUCUUUACAAGAAGCUUCAAGAUUCGAACGAAGAGUGCAAAACGGUACACAAUGCCAACAAAGUUAAGGAACUUCGAGCAAAGAUGGAUGGAGAUGUUGCUCAGGUCCUCAAGAGAGUCAAGAUCAUCAAACAAAAGCUGGAGGCGCUUGAAAAGGCAAAUGCUAAUAGCCGUAAUGUCCCUGGUUGUGGCCCUGGCUCUUCCACCGAUAGGACCAGGACGUCUGUUGUUAGUGGACUAGGGAAAAAGCUUAAGGACUUGAUGGAUAGUUUUCAAGGUCUGCGCGCACGGAUGAACGCUGAGUAUAAAGAAACCGUAGAACGCAGAUAUUUCACAAUAACCGGAGAAAAGGCAGACGAACAAACGAUUGAGAACUUGAUUUCGAGCGGUGAAAGCGAGAAUUUUCUCCAGAAAGCGAUACAAGAACAAGGGAGAGGCCAAAUAUUAGACACCAUAUCAGAGAUUCAAGAGAGACAUGACGCGGUGAAAGAGAUAGAGAAGAAUCUUUUAGAGCUUCACCAAGUGUUUUUAGACAUGGCGGCUUUGGUUGAAGCACAAGGUCAGCAACUAAAUGACAUUGAAAGCCACGUGUCGAAGGCUAGCUCGUUUGUGAGAAGAGGGACAGACCAGCUUCAAGAUGCAAGAGAGUACCAAAAGAGCUCGAGGAAAUGGACUUGUUAUGCCAUUAUUCUUUUCAUCGUUGUUUUCGCUUUGCUUCUCAUACCAUUCUUACCUCAUAUUAUGCUCAUGCUGAAGUGAUUUUUUUGGAUAGAGAAUCUUGUCUAUAAUUAUUUGUCUCAUCUUAAUUUCAAUGGUAAUUUUUAGUUUUUUUUUUGUACCUUUUUGAGAGUGGGCUAUUUAUUCUAAAAUCUUCAUUAAUCUGAACAAAAA